AUGGCUUUGCCGACAUCCAGCGAAGGUCGUGCGGUGAAGAUGACUAACCAGAUUGGGAAUGGCGCCAACUCCCGCGAACAGCGCCAGCUCGUUGAUGAGCCACCACUCGCAUCGGAUCUUGCUCUAACGUCCUUUGACUAUUCCGGCAUCAAUCAAUCUGAAUCUGAGUACCGCGUGCAUUGUGAUCGCCCCGUCUACUCUGACCACUCCGAUCAGCCGCUCUACGAGACCUUCUUCGACAAUACCCCCGCGACUGGCCACGGCGCCGACCAUCCCUCCCUCUUUGACCCGUGCGCCGCCAUCAUCGAGGGCGCCGACUCUUCCUCCUCUUCCAAGGCACCUUAUACACGUGGGCACCGCCGUCGUUCCACCCACGUUACUCGCCGUGACCUUGAGAAGUUUCAAAAGGAGGUCCUAGGCGUUGAAAAUCGCGCCUCCUGGUACGACGAGGAAAACGGCUCCUCGCGCCCCAUCAAUCCUUACGAUCCCCAGCUCGAGGAAUUGAAUCGUGCCUUUGAGCUCGCCGAUAUGUCCAUGAACAGCGGUGCUGGUGGAAUGGCUGGCGGAAACAAUCCAGGACCGGGCAUGUUUUCCAAUUACACGGAGAAUUCACCAACUCCAAACAUGGGCAGCAUGCCACGGCAACCACCCUCUCCUGCAUAUCCUCACUCCGCUCCACAAGUCAACGGUGCAGGUGCUGGUUCGGGUGGGAUGGGCGCUGCGAUGAAUGCCAGCAUGUCUAUGAAUGCGGGUCAUCAGAUGGAUUUACAUCACCUGUAUGAGAUGGUGCUGGAGCUGAGUGACGUGCUGAAGAACAACCGAGAGGUAACGAAGAGCAUUGUCUCAAGUGCAGAAGAUAUUAUGAAACAUGGCAAUUCGGAGGAUGCAAGUGCUGUUAUGCGACAGGUCAACGGCGAGAUCACCGGUAUGUCAUCGGAAUCACACUCCAUUCAUACAAAUCAACUUUCAUUAAACACUAGUCCAACAGCUGCCCGCAUCUCGGAGCUCGAACGUGCCCUCGCCAAGGAAAAACGGCUAGUCGAAGAUCUAAGGCGUGAACAAGUCGAGAACACCAAACUGAUCAGUGACUACGAAGCCAGCGUGGGCACCAUGGUAGAGCAAAUCCGCAAUUAUUGCCAAAACAACAACAUGCAUUUCCUAUACCAAAAAUCCCAUUACAACAACCUCCUACAAGCCGAGCGAGACGCACAUCUGGAGAGCCGUCUUGACCGGGAUUACUGGCACACGCAAACAAUGAAAUGCGCGCAAAUGAUUCGCAAUGCACAUCAACUCAGGUCAGACGAAGAGGAGCUACCCAUCCGCAUCAUCUCUGGUCUACAAAACGAAGUCCGGGCAUACCGCAACGCUUUGGGAAUGGAGCCCGAGAAGCCAGAGCAGGAAUAUGGCUGGGAGAUUCUGAAGGACGUUUCUAGUCCCGAAUGA